AUGGUAUCUGCAUUCAGCAUCCGUCGUAUGCCAACUGAAGUCAUUCCCUUGGCUGCCAUGCUAUCAAUACCCUUCAUCUUUGCUGCCUGGGUACAAUUACCUCGAUUUCAACUCCGCCGCGAACUUUUCCAAACAAAUCGAGCUUACAAGCAACCAUUGGUUGUUAGGAUACCAACUACUUAUACCACUCAAGACUCAUCAUCCGGAUCAUCUAAAUUAGCUGCCGAUGCAGGCUUGAUAUACUAUGGGACUCUGGCGGCCAAGAUCUCUAUUGGAACACCAUCUCAGACCGUUAGAGUCACGCUUGAUACUGGAAGCAGCAAGCUUUGGGCUCGAGGAAGCUCUUGCACUGCAUCGGUAUCGUGUCCUGGUGCAGCAGGAUCUUUAUCAUUUGAUCCAACACUGUCGUCGACCUUUAUGACGACCAGUGCGAAUGUUACGAAUAUCGCCACAUAUGGUGAUGGGCUAGUGGUUUUGGGGGUUGUUGGAUCUGAUACAGUUGCAUUGGCUGGUAUUAGUGUACCGGGCUCGACGGUUUACUAUGCUACUUCAAUUACGAUUGGCACUGCGACUUUGAGGACUGAUGGUAUUUUGGGAAUUGCCGCUGGAACUUUAGGAGUAUUUCCUACAUUGGAGAGCCAAUCUAUUUCUGGCCACUUGCUUUCCACCAAGAUCCUAGACUCGAAUAUAUGGGGAUUUUGGCAAAACGCUUCUGCUGCAACUACAGGUCUUACAUACACAGAUGGGCUGGUUACUUUGGGUGGUAUCGAUGAGAAACUAUACUCUGGUAACAUUACAUGGAUUGACUUAAUGUGGAAGCCAUCAUCGAUACCAGCUAGCCAAUCGUUCAAUGCUCAAUACUGGUACACGGCUUUGACUGCUUUGAAUGUUGGAACUACCAAUGUCUUGACAUUGUCAAAAGGAGGAAGUGCCUACGUAUUCGGUCAAAUCAGUUCGUCAGGCUUUGUUAUCAACACGCCUCUAGAACUGCCUCUUUUGAUUGAUACUGGCACGACAUUAUGUCUUCUCCCACAAGCAAUGGUUGACGCCAUUGGCUCCCUCCUACAAGCUCAACAGAGCACCGUCCUGGGCGUGCCACUAUACGGUCCCAACUGCAGUGCGAUUCCGUUCGCAUCUUUACCAACCAUCACAUUUACAAUUGGUGGAAAGAUAUUGGCAGUACCGCCAACAGGCUACACAUUUGCAAACCCCAAAACUGGAGAUUAUUGUACAGGUGCUUUUGUCUUCCAGGGUUCAGCUGCUCAAUACAAUGGUGGAAUUCUCGGGAAUUUGAUUUUGAGGUCAUUCUACACUUUAUUCGACGUUUCUAAUCGUCGCAUCGGAUUUGCUACGCCGUCGAUGAGUGGAAGUGGAGCUGGCGUCACUUUUCAAGACCCAGCUGCUAAUGGAACUUUAGCUGGAACAGCUAAUACCGCUCCAGCCAAUGGAACUAUUACAGUCGGAAGUGCGUCAGGAGCAUCUAGAGUGGACUUUGCUUCUACAUUUAGUUUGUUGGCUACCGUAUUGGUAGCCACGCUGUGCUUGUCUUCUUAA